UCUGUCAUUCCCUCCACUGGCCUCCACUCAGUGUCCUCCACCCCCCUCUGUCUGCCAAUCCCUCCACUGGCCUCCAUUCAGUGUCCUCCACCCCUCUCUGCCAAUCCCUCCACUGGCCUCCACUCAGUGUCCUCCACCCCCUCUGCCAAAUCCCUCCACUGGCCUCCACUCAGUGUCCUCCACCCCCCUCUGUCAUUCCCUCCACUGGCCUCCACUCAGUGUCCUCCACCCCUCUCUGCCAAUCCCUCCACUGGCCUCCACUCAGUGUCCUCCACCCCCCUCUGUCAUUCCCUCCACUGGCCUCCACUCAGUGUCCUCCACCCCCCUCUGUGUCCCAAUCCCUCCAUAUCACGUGAUUCAGGUGUCCCAAUCCCCUCCAUAUCACGUGAUUCAGGUGUCCCAAUCCCCUCCAUAUCACGUGAUUCAGGUGUCCCAAUCCCCUCCAUAUCACGUGAUUCAGGUGUCCCAAUCCCCUCCAUAUCACGUGAUUCAGGUGUCCCAAUCCCCUCCAUAUCACGUGAUUCAGGUGUCCCAAUCCCCUCCAUAUCACGUGAUUCAGGUGUCCCAAUCCCCUCCAUAUCACGUGAUUCAGGUGUCCCAAUCCCCUCCAUAUCACGUGAUUCAGGUGUCCCAAUCCCCUCCAUAUCACGUGAUUCAGGUGUCCCAAUCCCCUCCAUAUCACGUGAUUCAGGUGUCCCAAUCCCCUCCAUAUCACGUGAUUCAGGUGUCCCAAUCCCCUCCAUAUCACGUGAUUCAGGUGUCCCAAUCCCCUCCAUAUCACGUGAUUCAGGUGUCCCAAUCCCCUCCAUAUCACGUGAUUCAGGUGUCCCAAUCCCCUCCAUAUCACGUGAUUCAGGUGUCCCAAUCCCC